GUUAAGAUGUUGUUUGAUCUUCCCGCCCAUGCGCCAAAUCGGGAGGGAAAACGAAAAGCCCGUUUCUUUUCCCUCCUCCCCUUCUCUCUCUUCUCUCGGCUGAAGGAAACGCAAUCCCGAAGAAGAAGAAACAGAGGAGUUAAAGAAAUGUACGUAAAAGAGAUCUGUCUGGAGGGAUUUAAAUCCUACGCGACCAGGACGGUAGUUCCAGGGUUCGAUCCUUACUUCAACGCCAUCACAGGGCUCAAUGGUUCAGGAAAAUCCAACAUCCUUGACUCCAUAUGUUUCGUUUUGGGCAUUACGAACCUCCAGCAGGUCAGGGCAUCCAACCUGCAGGAGCUGGUCUACAAGCAGGGCCAGGCCGGCGUCACCAAAGCCACAGUGUCCGUCGUCUUUGACAAUUCCGAUCCUUCCCGUAGCCCUCUCGGCUACGAGGACUGUCAGGAGAUCACCGUCACCCGCCAGAUUGUGGUUGGUGGAAGGAACAAAUAUCUCAUCAAUGGACACCUUGCUCAGCCCUCUCGGGUACAGAAUCUUUUUCAUUCUGUACAGUUAAAUGUGAACAAUCCACAUUUUCUCAUUAUGCAAGGAAGAAUAACUAAAGUUUUGAACAUGAAACCACCGGAGAUUUUAUCUAUGCUUGAAGAAGCUGCUGGAACACGGAUGUAUGAAAUGAAAAAGGAAGGUGCUUUGAAGACACUGGAGAAAAAACAAACAAAAGUUGAUGAGAUUGAUAAACUGCUUGAUCAGGAAAUUUUGCCUGCCUUGGAGAAGCUUCGAAAAGAAAAGGGACAGUACAUGCAAUGGGCCAACGGCAAUGCUGAACUCGAUAGAUUGAGAAGAUUCUGCAUUGCUUAUGAAUUUGUUCAGGCAGAGCAGACUCUUGACCUUGCUGUUGAUGAGGUGGACAAGAUGAAGCUUCAAAUUUUUGAUAUUGAUGAAAAUGUGAAGCAAUUAAAAUUGGAAAGUGAAGAAAUGGAAAAAAACCUAUCAGUUUUGACAGCUGAAAAGGAUGCAAAGAUGGGUGGUGUGAUUAAAACCUUAUCAGAGAAGGUAGAUGCUUUAUCUCAUGGUCUAGUGAAGGAAACAUCUGUCCUCAGUAAUCAGCAGGAGUCCCUAAAAAGCGAAAAGAAGGCUAUCCAAAAGCUUUUAAAUGCUAUAGAAGACAUAAAGGAAUCUGUAGAUGAGAAGGAAGCUGCUGUUAAACAAGCUGAGGAUGGAGCUGCAGAUUUAAGGAAAAGAGUCGAUGACCUUUCUAAGAACUUGAAUGAGUGUGAAAAAGAGUACCAGGGAGUAUUAGCUGGUAAGAGUAAUGGGGAUGAGAGCAAAUGUCUGGAUGACCAACUUGCUGAUGCUAAAGCGGCAGCUGGCAAUGCUGAAACUGAAAUAAAGCAAUUGAAAACAAAGAUUGAACAUCUUGAGAAUGAGCUGAGGGAGAAAAAGAAACAAGCUAUGUCUAAGCAACAAGAGGCCAAGAAAGUGGAGAAUGAGCUGGAAGGCAAAAAGAAAGAUGUAGAGAAUGUCAAGGCAGCAUUGGAAUCUCUUGCUUAUGAUGAAAGCCAUAUGGAAGCUUUGCAGAAGGAGCGUUCUGAGCAAUUAGAUGCUAUACGGAAGUUAAAGGAUGAAACCCGCGUUCUUUCAGCACAAUUGGCCAAUGUUCAGUUUGCAUAUCGUGAUCCUGUAAAAGGUUUUGACAGGUCAAAAGUCAAAGGAGUGGUGGCUAAACUCAUCAAAGUGAAAGAUGAUGCUGCCAUGACUGCUAUAGAGGUAGCUGCAGGUGGAAAGCUAUUUAAUGUUGUUGUUGACACUGAGAGUACAGGGAAGCAGCUUCUUGAGAAAGGUGAUCUUCGGAAAAGAGUGACUAUUAUACCUCUGAACAAAAUUCAGUCUUACGUGGUGGCUGCAAGAGUUCAACAUGCUGCCUCUAGGCUGGUUGGUGAGGGGAAUGCAAAAUUGGCACUUUCUUUGGUUGGAUACGACGAAGAAGUGAAGAAUGCAAUGGCCUUUGUAUUUGGUUCAACAUUUGUCUGUCGUAGCAUGGAGGCUGCAAAGGAGGUUGCAUUUCAUAGAGAUAUCUGCACUCCUAGUGUAACUCUUGAUGGCGACAUUUUCCAGCCAAGUGGUCUUCUUACUGGGGGAAGCCGAAAAGGUGGUGGCGAAUUGUUAAGGCAACUGCAUGCACUAGCUGAUGCUGAAUCAAAGCUUCUUAUGCACCAAAAUAGGGUAUCUGAAGUUGAAGCAGAGAUCACUCAUCUUCUUCCAUUGCAAAAGAAGUUCAUGGAUCUGAAGUCACAGUUGGAACUGAAGCUGUAUGACCUGUCUCUCUUUGAGAGGAGAGCUGAACAAAAUGAGCACAGCAAGAUAGCUGAGAUGGUUAGAAGGAUUGGGGAAGAGCUUGAUGAAGCAAGCAAAAAUGCAAAAGAAAAAAGAAUACUGCAUGAAGCAUGUUUAUCUCAAGUAUCAUUACUUGAAAGAUCUAUCAAAGACCAUGCGAGAGAACGUGGUGGAAAACUUGUGGCAUUGGAUAGGAAAAUUAAGUCAAUUAAAGGGCAAAUGCAGUCAUCCUCUAAGGACCUUCAGGGCCAUGAAAAUGAGAAACAGAGGUUAAUUAUGGAGAAAGAUGCAAUGAUUCAGGAAAGGGCUGCAUUGGAAAGUCAACUGAACUCAGUUGAGUCACAGAUUAAGGCUUUGGAGGAGGAAAUUAGCAAACUAGAAGAUAAGGUUCGUUCUAUCAAACAGGAAUAUGAUAGUGCCAAAUCAGAACUUGAUUUUGGCCGUUCAAAGAUUAAGGAAUGUGAUGCACAGAUCAAUUCAUUAACAAAAAAGCAACAGAAACUUCAACAAAAGCUCAGUGAUGCAAAUGUCGACAAAAAGAAAAUAGAAAAUGAGGUGAGACGGAUGGAGACCGAAAAAGCUGAUUGCACUGCAAAGGUGGACAGAUUACUUGAAAGGCAUAGCUGGAUACGAUCUGAGAGACAUUUGUUUGGGAAAAGUGGUACUGACUAUGAUUUUUCUGCACAUAAUCCUCAUAAAUCAAGGGAAGCAUUUGAAAAGCUUCAAGCCGAGCAGUCAAGUCUUGAGAAGAGGGUCAACAAGAAGGUCAUGGCAAUGUUUGAGAAAGCUGAAGAUGAGUACAAAGGUUUGAUAUCUAAGAAAGCCAUUAUUGAGAAUGACAAGUCAAAAAUUAAGAAGGUAAUUGAAGAGUUGGAUGAAAAGAAAAAGGAGACAUUAAAGGUUACCUGGGAGAAAGUCAACAAAGAUUUUGGGUCAAUUUUUUCUACUCUACUACCGGGUACAAUGGCAAAGCUGGAGCCUCCAGAAGGAUGCAGUUUCUUGGAUGGACUGGAAGUGCGAGUUGCGUUUGGAAGUGUGUGGAAGCAGUCGCUAUCAGAACUUAGUGGUGGCCAAAGAUCACUUCUUGCUUUAUCUCUCAUCUUGGCAUUGCUUCUGUUUAAACCAGCACCACUUUACAUACUAGAUGAGGUCGAUGCUGCUUUAGAUCUAAGCCAUACGCAGAACAUUGGUAGAAUGAUUAAAUCUCAUUUUCCACAUUCCCAGUUCAUUGUUGUCUCUCUCAAGGAAGGCAUGUUCAAUAAUGCGAAUGUGAUCUUUCGGACUAAAUUCGUCGACGGGGUUUCGACCGUCCAGCGAACGGUCGCAUCAAACCCAAGCAAAAGUUCUUCCGACAAACCUUCUAGAAUACCACUAGGAGAAAAUUACGUCAAAUGAUGUGCUGCCUCUGUCGAAACGUUAGCAAUGUAGAUAAUCCAGAUGUAGAAAUAUAUUAAUUCCAGUGUUUGUAUGCCUACAUCUGCUAAGGCAUGGGUUCGUAUGUUUUAUUAUUCACCUGGUGGGGUCGACGUCCACCUCCACCAGAAUCGGCUUGUAACAUCUUUAAGUUCAGUUAAGCCUUAUUCAAGUA